ACGCUCGAAUUGUUGUCUCCUUAGUUGUUUGUCUUACAAAUGAAUCUCUGUUGUUGGCAAAGGCUGAUUUAUCACUUUUGGGCUCAGGCUCAGCCAGAGAGAACUCUUCUCCUCUUUUUUUUUCUUUUCCCGGUUGAAAUUUUAGGGCUUCUGCUUAGACUUUGGUUAUCUCCGAAUUUUUCAUUCCAAAAAUGAGUACCCUUGAGACCACGAGAGCAGAGCUUGGUCUGGUUGUUCUGUAUUUGAAUAAAGCGGAGGCGAGAGACAAGAUUUGUCGAGCUAUUCAAUAUGGUUCUAAGUUCUUAAGCGAUGGACAGCCUGGCACUGCUCAAAAUGUCGACAAGUCCACCAGCUUGGCUAGGAAAGUUUUCCGUCUCUUCAAGUUUGUGAAUGAUCUUCAUGCUCUCAUUAGCCCUGUUCCCAAAGGCACUCCACUCCCGCUUCUUCUUCUCGGAAAGUCUAAAAAUGCGUUGCUGUCUACCUUCUUGUUCCUCGAUCAAAUUGUGUGGCUUGGCAGGACUGGGAUUUACAAGGACAAAGAACGCGCUGAGCUUCUUGGACGUAUAUCCCUCUUCUGUUGGAUGGGCUCAUCGGUCUGUACAUCCUUGGUUGAGGUUGGGGAGCUUGGUAGGCUGUCAGCAUCAAUUAAGAAGUUAGAAAAGGAGAUAGGGAAUAAGGAUAAACAUCAGAACGAGCAAUACCAUGCGAAACUAGAGAAAUCAAAGGAGAGGUCGUUGGCGCUGGUGAAAGCAGGGAUGGAUGUAGUUGUUGCUUUUGGAUUGCUUCAAUUGGCUCCGAAGAAAGUCACUCCACGAGUCACAGGCGCUUUCGGAUUCGCCUCCUCUCUUAUCUCUUGCUACCAGCUAUUGCCGUCACAUGCCAAGUCCAAGACGGUCUGAGAAAAGGAAAAGAUAGAAAAUAAUGUAGUUGCAUGCAUGUCCAGAUGUUCCAUAUAGUCUGGUUAUCUGUGUUCCCCUUGUUUCUUUAUUUUCAAGACUUGGUUGUUAAAUUUGUCUUGGUUGAUACGUUUUGUUUGUGUUAACUUUUGUGGUAUAGUCUGAUGAUAAGCAUUUGCA